AUGGCCUCCCCGUCGAUUCCCCGCAAGCUCUGGGAGCAUCCCCACCCCGAAUUAUCCAGCAUGGCUCACUUCCGCCGAGCCUGGGAGCAGGAGCUAGGCGUGUCAAUUCCAACCUUCCACGAUCUCUAUCACCACUCCGUGACGAAGCGCGCUACAUUCUGGGACUUCUGCUGGCGAUACUUCGACGUCCUGCACCAAGGCACCUACACCUCCGUCGUCGACGAGACCGCUCCCAUCGAUUCAGUCCCGCAAUGGUUUGACGGCGUCCAGCUCAACUACGCCCAAAACAUCCUCUUCUCCGGCCACGGGACACAAGCAAGCACGGUCGGGAAGGAAGAUGAGAAGAUCGCUAUCACCGAGGUGCGCGAGGGGGGCCACAAGAAGGCCAGACAUCUCACAUGGGGGGAGCUGCGCAAACGCACCGGUCGCUUAGUGCAGGCGAUGAAGGCGCACGGAAUCCAAAAGGGCGACCGGAUCGCGGUCUGUGCCGGUAACAGCAUCGACACGCUGCUCGUCUUUCUGGCCACCACGGCGCUGGGUGGGAUCUUUUCGUCGAGCUCCACAGAUAUGGGCGUCAAGGGGAUUCUCGACCGGCUGCGACAGAUCAAGCCCCGCUGGCUGUUCAUGGACGACCAGGCAUUCUACAACGGCAAGGUCAUCGAUCUCCGACCGAAGAUGCGGGACAUCAUCGCCGGAAUGGGCGGUAUUGCCGAGUUCAGAGGCAUCGUGGCACAGCCCAGGUUUGCUACGCAACCUGCACCUGUCGGUCACCUGCCGCGGACACUCCCGUCGAAGGUGUGGGAGGCUCUUGCGAUCGGCGACACCCUUGUUUUCGAGCAGGUCGAGUUCCGAGACCCCUUCCUCAUCGUGUACUCGUCCGGCACCACGGGCCAGCCGAAAUGCAUCAUGCACUCCGUCGGUGGGGUGAUGCUCAACGCGUUCAAGGAGCUGUUCCUGCACAGUGAGAUGGACUCGGACAGUGUGAAUCUGCAGUAUACCACCACCGGGUGGAUCAUGUAUCUCUCAGUCAUCAACAGUCUGCUCGUCGGGGCGCGGGCGGUGCUCUACGACGGGAGCCCUUUCCUCCCGGAGGUGGCAUCUUUGAUCAAACUCGCGGCACAGGAGCGAUUGACACACUUGGGGAUCUCUCCGCGAUACCUCCUCGAACUGCAACGAGCCUACAUCCAGCCCCGAGAGCUAGCCGACAUUUCAUCCCUCAAGGUCGUCACCAGCACCGGCAUGGUGCUUCCUGAGAGUCUGUUCGAGUGGUUCUACGACACAGGGUUUCCGCGUCAUGUGCGACUCAACAAUAUUUCCGGUGGCACCGACAUUGCAGGAUGCUUCGGGAUUUCAAACCCCUUGCUGCCAAUCUACUCUGGCGGCUGUGCCGGCAUGAGCCUGGGCGUGCCGGUGGAGGUCUACGACUCGUCGAUCGAAGGCGACGGUGUGAAAGGUUCCUCGGUGCCCCACGGUACACCCGGGGAUCUGGUCGCGACUGCCGCGUUCCCGAAUGUCCCUGUGGGGUUCUGGGGGCGGGGGGAGCCGAGAAGCGUCUGGACACAUGGAGAUUUCGUGUCCAUCCACCCCGUGACACAACAGCUGCUCUUCCACGGCCGCGCAGACGGGGUCUUGAACCCGUCCGGCGUCCGCUUCGGAUCGGCGGAGAUCUACCAAGUCAUCGAAGACGAGUUUGCGACCGAGGUGGUUGAUUCUAUCUGUGUGGGUCAACGGCGACCGUCCGAUACGGAUGAGAGAGUGAUUCUGUUCCUCCUUUUGAGGCCCAAAGUAUCGUUCAGCCAGGAUCUGGUGCAGCGGAUCAGGACGACGAUUCGUCGCAAGCUGAGUCCCCGCCAUGUGCCAGCUUUUGUAUUUCCGACCCCUGAGAUUCCGACAACGGUCAAUGGCAAAAAGGUCGAGCUUCCCGUCAAGCAGAUCGUCUCGGGGAGAAUCAUCAAGCCCUCCGGGACCCUACUCAACCCCCAGAGUCUGGAGUACUAUUAUAAAUUUGCGAAAGAUGAGGCGAUGCAGCCGCGAAGCAGCAAGCUUUGA